AUAUCUAAAUGAGUAUAACGCAAUGGUACAUUCUUAUUUUUUACACAAAAUGUCUCCUUUAAUAUGAGAUAACUUGAGUGCUCUCAGCUCUUUUUGUUGCUCGUCCAAGUGUGGCCAGAAACUUUCCUCCAAGAAGAUCAAGAAAGGUCUUCUUUUAUUUCCAGAUUGGAAGCAGGGACAGUGCCAUUCUACAAUACAAUACCAUAAAUUUUUCAGAGGUUGAAUUGAAGCUUUCGUCUUCAAAUCUAAAUAUUCUUACAAAGUAUUAAACUUUUGUUUCCGAAAGAAAAGCGCCUUAGAACCCUGUCUAUAAGCUAAUGAUAAGAGAAAACGAUUUGAUAUUUACUGUAAUCCUUACCAUUAACUAAACACUUGUAGCUGUAGAAUAAUUGAAUAUUUGAAGCUCCUGCUGCUCUCCAGGUAGAGCAUUGUUAUAUGUGAUUGUUUCACUCUACUGGGCCACUCAAGAUUAACAGAGGUAGGGUUUGCCCCCAGCAUAUCAGGAUAUUUCAGUUUGCUUCUUAAAGACUAAACAUUACCCUGGGGCCUACCCUUUGGACUCCAUUCAGUCUAGAGAGUUUUAUUGUAAUAGAUAUUAUGUGAUUAGUUACAUGCCUUCAAUCAGACGGCCCCUCCCCUCUGACUUCCAUUAAGGUGUCCAUCAUACUCUGCACAUAAGACAUUCCAGCAUGGUUAUUCCUUCUCCUUACUGAGGCCUCCUACCUCAAGUUUCUACUCAGGCUUCCUACAUCAGGUUCCUACUGAGGCCUCCUACCUCAGGUUCCUACUCAGGCCUCCUGCUACUAACGGCUGUCCAGCUACAUCCAAAUUCUUCUAAGAUUGUAGUUGAAGUACUUUGGGAUUCGAUUCUUUUUGUAGAUUAUAGAAAACCCAAAACAGCUCUGGGGGCAAAUGAAGAUGUAAGACCCUACAUGGUACAGGCCAUGUUACAAAGGGGUUAUUUCAAAGCACUACAUCCAGACACACUAUUAUUAAAUCACUAAAAAAAGGUUCCAAAACCUUCCAAGGUAAACUGCUGCAAAGCCUAAAUGGCUACAUUAUGUAAACUCCUGUCAAGACACUAUGAUUAACUAAUAUAUCCGCAAUGUGAUAAGGAAAAGUCAUUAAGCACAUAUAAAGUGUCUCUCUCUGAGAUGCAAUAGACAUGCGUUUCUUGUUUAACUUUUAUGUUAACUUGUGACUUUCUUCUGCUUCAGUGUUAAAUAUUGACAUUAUUAGGGAAACAUUAUCUCUAUAUAAGAUACACAGGUAUUUCUUUCUUAAGAACACCAGAAUCUCGGUGGUUACUUAUUGUAUCUUAUACAGGCGAAACCUGUGAUCGGUUGAAACCUUGAUGCACACAAUGCGUUACGCCAUCAUCUUCUUUCUCAUUUGUGUCAUUACUCUUGGAGAAGCACUGAAGUGUGUGAAUUUACAAGAGAAUGGAAUAAAGUUGACACAAAGCUGUGUAAAGGAGGAUACCAAAUGCUUAACACUAAAAUCACUAAGAAAACAAUUAAAAUAUUGUGCCUCUGAUUCGACAUGCAAGACUGUGAGGUUGACGGCUUUGCCUGGGCAGACAGUUACUUGCUGCGCUGGAGACAUGUGCAAUGUGUGAAAUCGCCCAACUGUGGUACCGGGAUUUCCAUGUGACUUGCUCUUCUCACACAAAACAAUGGUCCCACCCAAUUCUUUGCCCUAUCUGCUCCUUUGCUUUUUUUUCUUCUCUUGAUCCCUAAUGUCCAUUAAAUAAACUACUUAACUGCA